AGAGUGGAUGAGAGUGAGUGAGAGCGCGGAGGAAGUGUGGGGUGGGGCAGGUAGAGUCGCUCCCAGUAUAAGUAGCGGCACACCACCGCGCACCGCCCAACUCGUCAGGUGUGGAGUUGAGGAAACACACAGGAACAGAGAGAGAGAGAAAGAAAGAAAGAGAGAGAGAGAGACAGAGACACAUAGAAAGAAAAAUACCGAGAGAAAAAGAGAAAUAAUCACAGGAAAAACAAAAGAGAGAGACAUACACGAGGGUGAAAGAGAAUUAAGACUUAUAAACGUAGGGUGAAAGAGAGAGAGAGAGAGAGAGAGAGAGAAGAAAUCCCUAAGUUACCCCUACAACCUUCAGAGGACUUUGUAGAAAACUAUUACCACCAUCCAAGGUUCUACUACCACUACUACCACAACUACCACAACUACUAAACCUCCUCCUGAGUCAGUAGCACAUACCUGUGACGGGUCUGUCUAUCUGUCUGUCUUUCUGUCUACCCCGCGUGUGCUGAAGCCAUGGUUUUCCGACGACAAUGAUCUGUACAAGAAACGCCAUAACCUCUUCUUGAAGUCUACCACCACCACUACUACCACCACUACCACCAACUGGCACAAGACAUCGCAGCCCCUGAUUGGUGGACAAGAAUGGUGACGUCACAUCCCAGUGGGCCAAUCCUGGUACUCGUCGUCUGCUUUUCUCUGCUCUCUCUACCCUCAGAUGGCGCCACUGUGUACGGUCUACGGCGACCACUGGACGAAGGGGGCGAGGAUUGGGGUGUAGAACCGCAGUCUCAACAGCAGAGGGAGGGCGAGAACAGCAUCUACAGCAGCAUCAGCGUGCCUAGCAGCAGUAGCGGCAGCAGUAUCACCGCCAACAGUAGGGACUUGGGGCGCCCUCCUCAGUCCAUCAUGCCAGAGAGAUUCGUCCUACUUUCUCCUGAGGAUAAUUUUUUACAAGCGUUAAUCCUCCACUCCGCCCCACCCCCUGGCGAGUCCCGACCAAUCACAGACUCGAGGCUCGGUGACGUCACCAGUUACGCCUCCCCUGAAGACUUGGACCAACUGGAACAAAAACUUCCAUCUCUGGGCCCCGCCAGACUGAACGACUGGGUACAACACCAGCAGCAGCUACAACUCUACACGAAGCAGAAGCGUCUCUCGCAGUUGUCACAAAUGCAGCAGCAAAAACAGCGUUACAUGCCUAUGGUCGGGCAGAAGGUGGCGCAGAAAAGGUGGUGGGGAGGACGCCCCCAACGUGGACAGAUAGACCGCAGAGCAUCACAGAACAAACACCUCGACUGCUUAAAGUCAUGCAUCAAGCAGGGUACUCUACACCCUAUUCAGUGCCACACCCUCUGUUAAAUGUCCGAAUGAAGAUGACAACAGUCGUGUUACUAAGACCAGCGAGGACUAAUACCCAGCUCCAUACCUCUCCUGCAACGUCUCUCUACCCCCCUACAGCACCCGGGGUGACAGGCUGACAUUGAAACAUAAUAUUGUCAUUUUUACAAAGUUGUUAAAAGAAAGUGAUUCAUUACUUUAGAACUAUAUGGAAAUGAGAUGACAAAAAAGUUGUUAAUGUGAAGUUAAAACACUUCCAAGAUGCGGCGCCACUUGCACAAGAGUUCUACUCGUAUUAUGAAACUGGUCCAUAAACUGCCAGUAAUAUCAAGUGGACAUGAGACGAAAAAACACAGACAUGUAAUCUUAGGCUGGAUAUCUUCUAUAUAUUAUAACCUCUCAGAGAUAAAAUGCAUUUAAUUAAUGAGUGAAUAGAAGAAGGAAACUUUACACUUAACAAUGAGACUUUUUGUUUCUUCUGUUUCUCUAAAAGGGCAAAGUUACUAAAGAUCCACCAGUACUACUUCACCAUUUGUUUACAGUGAGAGGGAAACGAGGCUGGUCCCUCCCUACUGUUAACAACCCCCUCUACACAUCCUCUCUCUCUCUCU